GCCAAUCCAGUGCCCUUCACUAGUCAGCCUUCCCUUGCUUUCUUCUAUUUUGCUCUCUCGUCAAACACCAGAACAUACUCGCAAUGCCUUUGAAAAUGGGCUGGACAAGAAACGUUAACAGGCAGGCCUGUUUAUACUUCCUCUUCGUGCCGACCUUCUUGCUCUACACUUUGGCCUUGGCAGGCUGCCUCUCGACGUCCCCUGGCAUCCCGAACCUGUUUCUGGUCCAGGUCACCGCGGAGAGCUCUGGGAGUAAGAUCAAAGUGGGAUACUUUGGGAUGUGUAGUGUUUCCGUCAACUCCACGGACUCGCAGUUGUGCUCCACUACCUCUGGUAUUCCGACGAAAGAUCUACUCGAACGGCUCUCCCCGCUAGAUGGCAGGAGCGCCCUGACUGAUGAUCUCGUCGAGUUUGGCCUUACUCUAUCGUCCAAGAUCCUCCUUCCCAUCCUCGCGGGGGGAGGGGUCGCUUUCACGCUGGGAAUACUCUUUUUCUUGUUCUUCCAGAUAAGAGUGAAACAUCCAGACGCCCAGAGAGGUGCACUGCAAGUUCUUGAGUCGACAUCGCUAGCUCUUGUGGGGAUAUCGUGCGUUCUGUGCUUCGGUGCUGCAAUCUCCAUUACAAUGGCAGUGGCAGCUAUGCAGUUCUGCGACAACCAAGCAGAGGCACCGACGUAUGAAAUCAAAGCCGGCGAACCGCUCCAAAUAAUACAAUGGACAACAUUUGCCUUUUCCAUUCUCAUAGCGGUUGGAUUGAGGGAUAUCAUGAGAUCCUCUGGCUCGACUCAGAAAGCUCCAAUGCAAGCUACGAAACGGCCCGCACAGCCCCUGGCGGCUGCACUUGAUUUCUGA